CGGCUGGCCUCUGACGCGAUCAGCGGGCGCCGCCGGCCUGCCCGGACCGUUGUGGAAGGAAGGCCGCGGCCAGAAAGAUGGGCGAGGCGCGGGAGAGUCUCCCUUCGUUUUGGGAGGCGAGGAGCUGCCGCUGAGGGGAGAGGCUCUUCCCCCCGCGCGCUCCGGGAGUUGCUCCGCCUCUGAGGCUUGGCUGGGCGGGGGCACGGCCAGCCCGGCAGCACCAUGUGCUGGAGGCGCCGCACGCAGCAGGGCUGACUGAAGCCGCGUCUUCCUCUUUCUCCGGCGCUUCCGAGAAAAAAAGCCAGCCCGGCCUGAUGGCCACCGAGGUGGCGGCGGCGGCGGGGCCCGGCGCCCGCUUGCCUUCGUCCCCGGCACGGAAGGAUUUCUACUGGCUCCGCUCUUUCGUGGCGGGAGGUGUUGCAGGAUGCUGUGCCAAAACAACCAUUGCACCAUUGGAUCGAGUCAAGAUUUUGUUGCAAGCUCAUAAUCAUCAUUAUAAACAUCUAGGUGUGCUUUCCACAUUGUGUGCUGUCCCGAAAAAGGAGGGUUACCUAGGGUUCUACAGAGGAAAUGGAGCGAUGAUGAUUAGAAUCUUUCCAUAUGGUGCAAUUCAGUUUACAGCGUUUGGUCAAUAUAAAAAGAUGAUAAAGAAGAACCUUGGCAUUUCUGGACAUGUACAUCGGUUAAUGGCCGGUUCCAUGGCAGGUAUAACUGCAGUAAUUUGUACUUAUCCUCUUGACAUGGUGAGAGCACGUCUGGCAUUCCAAGUGAAAGGGGAUCAUAAAUACACUGGGAUUAUUCAUGCAUUCAAGACCAUUUACACAAAGGAAGGUGGCAUGCAAGGAUUUUAUCGAGGGCUCAUGCCAACGAUAGUAGGAAUGGCUCCAUAUGCAGGGUUCUCAUUUUUUACCUUUGGUACCUUAAAGAGUGUGGGACUUGCCCACGCACCUACCUUGCUUGGGAGGCCUUCCUUAGAUAAUCCUGACGUUUUAGUUUUGAAAACUCAUGUAAAUUUGCUGUGCGGUGGCAUAGCUGGAGCAAUAGCACAGACAAUAUCCUAUCCUCUUGAUGUAACGCGUAGACGAAUGCAGUUGGGAGCAGUGCUUCCAGAUUCUGAAAAGUGCCUGACAAUGGUACAGACACUGAAGUAUGUUUAUGGAAACCAUGGAAUACAAAGAGGGUUAUACCGUGGCUUAUCCCUGAAUUACAUCCGUUGUAUUCCUUCACAGGCAGUGGCCUUUACUACUUACGAACUUAUGAAACAGUUCUUGCACCUAAAUUAAAAACAGGAACUUGAUUGAAAAGUGCUUCUCUUUUUGUUGCAUUUAAUGGGCUAUGUUUCCCAUUUCAAAUAAUUGUUAUUGGAGAAGCAGUGGUAUUUAUAUUCCUUUCUUUUAACCAAAAAAAUGAAGAAUGGUGUAAAAUUGAAGAUAUGAAGCUUGGAUAAGAUAUGUGGGCACUGAACAAAUAGCAUCUGAACAUGUAAACUACUUGAUCAAAAUACAGUCAAAUUUAAUAAUCAGAAACUUUAUCAUGUAAAGGAAACUUUUAUACAGGUUCCAGACAACUAUACUUUUUCUCUUCCAUUUCAAGAGUUUAUUUUAAAAACUGGAUGUUCAGUAUGUUUCUUAAAGCGCUGAGUGCAUAACUUAGGGAUAUAAUCAUAAAAUUUCUACUUGCAAAGUAAUUCCACUGGCCUCUGUGAUUCCUGCUUCCAUACAAGGGAUUUUAGGAUGAAAUGCCACUCUGCGGUCUACAAACUACUUAGUUCAGAGGUUUUUUUAUUGAAUUCUUGUUCAUGGAUUGCAGUCUAACAGUAUUUCUUGGAUUUUCAAAAUUGUACUUUUAUUAUACAGAUCUGGGAUUCAAAGUGCUACUCAAGCUCUUGUAAGGAGAUUUUGCUAGUCCAAUGUAAAGUUUCUCUUAAACACAGACUCUCUUGCUGUAUUGCAAAUAGUUUGUUUCCAGGCUGUUUGCUAUGAAGCAAGCAGAGCUGGUAGUUAAGAAAAUGAAGUCUAAACCGUACUUGGGGUCACAGAACUAACUUCAUAGUCCUUUGGAUUCUUGCACCUCUAUUUCUGUACUAUGAAAGGAACGAAUUGUUUUGUUAAUGUUAAUAAAUAAUGAAAUAAUUAUGUAUGUGAGUAAUUGAGUUCCCCCAUAUAAAUUUAUUUGAUUACUUUGUCUUUAAAUUGUUGUUACUAUAGGCUUAGAUUUGCUUUUCUAAUAUUUGUUAAACUAAAAUAGUAAAGGGCAUGAAUUAACGAAAAUCUGAAUGGGUCCAAUUUCAGAAAACCUAGUACCUCCACAUGCUCUAUGCAUGCAUGGUGCUAUUGCAAUGUGAUUCUUAUAGCAUCAUAUCUGAAAUACUAUGUGAGUGUAAAUCAGGUAAUGUUUGUGCACAGGUUUUAUUUUAGUUGAACAGAAUGCACCUAAUAUAAGGUUUUGUAUUGCCUAUGAAAUUAGAUGCAUACUUUUCUGCCCUAUGGAAAGACAAGUUCUUUAUUGAAAAGGUGAUACUGCAAGGCCACUAUCCUGAAGCAAUUUCUGAACAGAAAUUGUUGUUAAUUGAAUGAUUUCAGACCUUUACAAGUAUUACAUAUACAAACCUCUACUAAAUCACAUUAAAGGUUUUUUUUGUGCCUUCUAUUACAACUGUGGUAGCAAUAGGGAUAUGCCACCUUAUUAAUAUUGUUUCUCUGUUAUCAUUGAAAAUGGGCGAAGCCAACAAUGCGAUUGGGGGAUCUUCUGCCAAAUUCUGUCCCUAUUCCUCACAAUGAUGGUAGUUGCAGGGUGGACAGAUUUGCUGCCCAGUAUUGAUAUGGCUAGGUCUUUUUAAAUAGACUUCCUCAUUUUGGGCAACAGAUCCUACCCUUGUUGCCAGGAGUGACAUUGUGGGAGAAUACAGGAAGUCAAAGCUGGCUCAGCAUAGUCAAGCACAGAGGAAUCCUUAGUGCACUCCCGCGUUCAUCUUCUGUGGUUAGAAGCCUUUCCAUUUUACCUUUCUAUUGCAAAUAACAAAUUACUGUUUCAAGGGGUUUGCUUGAUUCCACGUCUUCUUUGGUAGAACCAGAAUUUUAUGGAACGUUUAAAAAAAUGUAAAACUAUGGCAACAGUUUUCACUAAUUUUACUGUAAAGUGAUGUAACUUAUUUAUUUACUGUAAAUACUGUAUAUGGUGCGUGAAACUGGUAACAGCUGUUAUCAAAAACUAGCAGGUAUGAGAUGGAUAUCGCUUAUGGUCCACAGCUGAGAUAUUAUAAGCUCAUGUUCCUGUGACUUUUUUAUUUCACUGAAGUUUAUAUUUUUAGAUAUAUAUUGACUGGCAGAGAGAUGUAUCUUUUUUAUUUUAAAACAAAAGUCUUGAAUAGCAAUAUGACUUUACAGUGCUGUUCUGUGCAGAGUUAUUCCAGUCUAAACCCUCUGAAGUAAAUUGCCUCAGAUUGAAGUAAUUCUGCACAGGGUUGCACUGAAGUGAACCAGCCAAUAUAAAAGCAUGUAUUUGGAAUCUGUACUCUCUGUUCAUUUCUUGCAAGUUUAAUGUGUUUGAUUAAAUGGUAUUAAAGUGAUUGCAACUACA